UUCUCCAUCACUCAUUUGACAUUUGACGACGCUGAGUUAAUUUUCUUUUGAGCAGCUACGAAACAUUUCUAAACAAUUUUAGUGUAAUUCAUGGUUUUCCAAUAAAAUUAGUAUUUAUUUUUUGCAAUAAAUAGAAAAAGACAAGAAAAUGCAUAAUUUUCGUAAACAACAAUCAACAGAUACGACCGAUAAUGGAGUGGAAAAGAAUGAUUACCCUCGUGCCACAAAUGGUGUGGUGUUUGGAGCCAUAAUAACCUUUGUCGGCUAUUUCUUUAUGAUGAUGUCUUUCUGUUCACCCUAUUGGAUUGAAUCGUAUGAGGAGACCCUCAGCAGCUUUAAGAAUAUGGGCUUGUGGCAAUAUUGUUUUAAGGAUUUUACAUAUCCCAACUAUCAAAUACCACGUAAAUUUAAUGGAUGUCACAAUAUAUUCAGCUAUGAAUACUAUGUGAUUCGUGAAUGGCUCCUUCCUGGUUGGUUGAUGUCUGUACAAGCAUUUGUUACCUUAUCCUUCAUUAUUGUCUUCUUCAUAUUGGUUAUUUUGGCAUUAACCAUUAUUCGUUUACCAUUGAAAUUUGUUUUGCAAUAUGAAUGGUUGUUGGUACGCAUUUCCUACUUCGGAACCACAAUUUCAUCUGUCUUCAUGUUCUUGGCUGUAUGCAUCUUCGGCGGCUGCGCCUAUCGUCGUGACUGGCUAAUGUAUCCGAAAUUCAAUGUGCUCGGCUGGUCAUAUGCCUUGGCUGUUGUCACUUUCAUUCUUUUGGGUAUGGCUGCAUUGAUCUUCCACCGUGAGGCACGUGAAGCUUACGAGAUUCGUGGUGAACAAAAGAAUUUGGUUAUGCAAAUGGAAAUGCAAGAACCUGGCUAUCAUGCUGACCGUCAUCAUCAUAGUACAUCAAGAAGUUUACAUGGCUACAUAUAGACAGAAGAAGAGAGAGUCAUCUAUACUACAUUCACUGUCUACAUGUUCUUACGUACAUGCAUAUCAGCAACAUACAUUCCAUAGUAGCAUUUUGUCAAUGUUUCUUUAGUUUGUUUUUUUUUUUCUCAUCAGACUCGAAGCUUAUAUUAUUCGAAUCUCAUUUUACGAAAACCGUCCAAUUUAUUUUAUAUAUACACAAUUAAUUAUUUUUCUAAAACACCGAUAAUAACUACGAUCAUUAACAAAACCACAACACAAAGAAAUACCUACAAAAGUGCCUUAGUAUUGUAGUUAAAGUAUAUAAAUAUUUACUGCGUCGAAAUACAUAUCGUUUUUGUAUUCCACACAAAGAUAUUGUAACGUUUAUACAAUCCGUCCACAAUAUUAUCUGGCAUUCUCGAAUAAGUUUUAUUUUACAAUAUUUUCAAUUUUUAUACAAUAAAUAUUAUACACUUCAAUGUCGUAAUUGUACCAAAA